AUAGUAUCAUAGGGCUACCCCGCGGGAAUGUCAUGAGCUGCCUUCGUGGCAGCUAGGCGAAGGUUUCGCAAGAAGCCGAUGGCAACACCUUGUCCCGUGGAUCGCGCUCCUGCCUCCGCCGAUCAACUCCUUCAACCGAGUGUAGAAAGUCCGACAAUAGUUGAUCUAGCGUCAUUGUAUCAAUUUUACGAGAGGACCCACUUCAACAACACGACCAACUGUAGGGCUAGGUCAAACCGUAGGGCUAGGGCUACGACGGCCGUCCAGGUUAUUCUUGGCAUUUCGAGCUACGAUGCACGCCACGGUCGUGCCCGCGCCGGACGUCGAUGCGGCCAAGCCAUUGUCCACCGGCUCUGUCCCGUCGCUGCGACCCACAGCGCCACCGUCUGGUCUCGCGCAGUAUCGCGACUGGCCGUUUGCAGUUCUCUUUGCUAUCAACGUGCUCGGUAUCUUCGUUGUGGCGUUGCUCUGGGGUGUUCCCAGCUUGAAGGACAACGAAGACGCUUCCAACGCCCUCUCGAUCGACGUGACGUUCGUGGGCAAAGGCAUCGGGAUCAUGGCGGCCAUGUUCGUCGCGAGUCUCGGCGUUUCGGCGCUGAUGGUGGUUGCAAUUCUCAAGUUUCCCGCCAACAUCAUUGUCUUUGGACUAUGGGCCAACUUGACACUCUGCGUCAGUGUCGCGGUGCUUGGCCUUCUCACUAACGCUAUUGUGCUCGUCAUCUUUGGCAUCGUUCUGACGGCGCUCUUUGCUUGCUACAUGUAUGGCGUGCGCCACCGGCUUCCGUUCGCGGCGGCCAACCUCCGUGUGGCGGCGGCCGCGCUCUCGGACGUCAAGGCGCUCGUGCCAGUAAGCUUUGUUUUGGUGUUUGUUCAGCUGCUCUGGACGCUUCUGUGGUUCAUCGCGCUCUACGGGAUCUUUGUGCAGGCCCCGCCCGCGUCGACGCCGGCGGUGCCCGCGGUAUUACUCUCGCUCUCACUGCUCUGGGGCGUCUCGGUCCUCAAAAAUAUCAACGCCGUCACGAUCGCCGGCGGUGUCGCGAGCUGGUGGUACGGCGAGGGUGCCGCACCGACAGCUCGCGCUCUGCGGCGCGCGACGACCACGUCGCUGGGCUCCAUUUGCCUCGGAUCGCUUCUUGUCGCGAUUCUUCAAGUACUGAAGCAGCUUCUCGAUAUGGCGAGCCGCAAUGGAGGCGUCGGCGCACUCGUCGCGAGCUGUCUCAUGAGCUGCCUCGUCUCCCUCUUCGAGCUCUUCAGCCACUGGGCAUUUGUCUACGUCGGCGUUUACGGCAACACGUUCGUCCAAGCCGGCAAGGCCACCAUGCAGCUCUUCAAAGCCCGUGGCUUCACGACGCUUCUCAAUGACGAGCUCAUCUCGAGUGCGCUCGCCUUCUCGGCAUUCGUCGUCGCUCUCAUUUGCAGCGGCGUCGGCGUUGCCUUGUGCGCGAUAGAUACAUCGGCAACCGCCACGCUAGUGCUCGUGGGGCUCGGCUCCUUCUUUAUGGCGCUAGCCGUCGCGCUGGUUGUCCUCAGCACCAUCGAUGGCGCGGUCGCGACCGUGUAUGUGUGCUUUGCCGAGCAUCCCGAAGCGCUGGGGCAGAGCCACCCCGAGCACUUGCAGCUGCUCAUGCGCGGCUGGCACACCAUGUACCCUGACAUCAUGGCCUCGGCCGGCUACCCACUGCCAACACCAACCUAACACUCUGCAUUUGACUUGUGAAUGACUUGAUAAAAGAAGAAAACAUGAAUCAAGCACACUCGGACA